AUGGAGAGGAGGGCACGCAGCUCCUCCAGAGAGGGCCCCAGGCGAGGCGGCGGGCCCACCCCCAAGGAGAGCAAGAGGGCAAAGGGCGAGAGGGGCGGCGGCCGCGGGCGGCGGGAUGCCAGGUCCGAGCGGCGGAGCCCCGGGCGGGCGGGGAACCCAGAGGAACCCCGAGCGCCCGCUGCCACCGUGGUGGACGUGGACGAGGUCCGGGGCUCCGGUGAAGAAGGCACCGAGGUGAUGGCGCUGCUGGAGAGCGAGCGGCUGGAGGAAGGUACCAAGUCCUCUGGUUUAGGGGCCUGUGAGUGGCUUCUUGUCCUUGCCUCCCUGCUCUUCAUCAUCCUGACAUUCCCUUUUUCUAUCUGGUUUUGCAUAAAGAUUGUACAAGAGUACGAGAGAGUAAUUAUAUUCCGACUGGGACAUCUGCUUCCUGGAAGACCCAAAGGCCCUGGCCUGUUCUUCUUUUUGCCCUGCCUGGAUACCUACCACAAAGUUGACCUUCGUCUCCAGACCUUGGAGAUACCCUUCCAUGAGGUUGUAACCAAAGACAUGUUUAUAAUGGAGAUAGAUGCCAUCUGCUACUACCGAAUGGAAAAUGCCUCUCUUCUCCUAAGCAGCCUGGCUCAUGUGUCUAAGGCUGUCCAGUUCCUUGUGCAAACCACCAUGAAGCGUCUUCUGGCACACCGAUCCCUCACUGAAAUUCUUCUAGAGAGGAAGAGCAUUGCUCAAGAUGUAAAGGUUGCCUUGGAUUCAGUGACCUGUAUUUGGGGAAUCAAAGUGGAGAGAAUAGAAAUUAAGGAUGUACGGCUGCCAGCUGGGCUUCAGCACUCGCUGGCUGUGGAGGCAGAAGCGCAAAGACAGGCCAAAGUGCGGAUGAUUGCUGCGGAAGGGGAAAAGGCUGCUUCUGAGUCCCUGAGGAUGGCUGCUGAGAUUCUGUCAGGAACCCCAGCUGCUGUUCAGCUUCGAUACCUCCACACCCUUCAGUCUUUGUCCACAGAGAAACCUUCCACUAUAGUUUUACCUUUGCCUUUUGACCUGCUAAAUUUCCUGUCUUCUCCUAGCAAUAGAACUCAAGGGAGCAUCCCCUUCCCAAAUUCUUCCAAACCCGUUGAGCCACUAAAUCCCAAGAAGAAAGACUCUCCCAUGUUAUAG